AUGAGUCAACUGAUCUUUCUGAUGGAGCCACCACCACGUCUGUCCUUCUCUAACAGUACGGGUGCGAGGGUCUCUUGCGCAGCUCAUGGAAACCCUCCACCUACAAUCACCUGGCUCACUGAAGAUGGAAUACCAGUAUCUGAUAUUGCAGGACUAAGGCAAGCAUUGUCAAACGGUACACUAUGGCUAGGAGCAUUUUCGCCGGCGCAAUACCGAAGCGACGUCCAUGCAGGAGUUUAUCGGUGUCGAGCAUCUGGUACUUCUGGGACUGUGCUCUCUCGCGAUAUGAGAGUAGAGGCAGGUCAGUACUACCAACUACGAUUUAUAGAAGAGUAA